CUCAGCCAAGGCAGGAGAUAAACAUUGAGAAAAACAAUCUUGUGCCAACUUAUUUCGAAAUAAUUAAUAUAUAUGGCAGCUCAAAUAUUUGACUUGUGUGCGAAUUUCGCUGAGUAGGUACUAGACUCGAUGUGGAGGAUUCGAAAAAUCGGGCAAAAUUUAUUCGAAACGUGUCGCGUUCAAAUGAAUUGGCAGCCAACGGAUCCGUCCGAGGUCCGUCCAAAAAAUGUUUUGAACUUUUUUCGGUUUUGACAUUUUUAGCCGACUAUUGAUAAAAAAUUUAGUGCUCUAUUGGAAGAACAAUAGCUCGUACAAUAAUGGCUCGUAUGUGUAGAAGGAGCUCUUCUAUUAAAAAAGAGUUUAGUGAGAAUGAAUUGGAAGGACUGAAAAUCGCCUUCGAAUUGUUGGACAGAAACCAAGACGGGCGAGUCACGCCCGGCGAACUCAAAAUCAUGCUGAACAAUUUGGGAAUCGACCUCAGUCUCGAAAAAGCCGAGGAAAUCAUCAGGACGGCCAGCCACUCAGGAUCGGACUUGAUAGAUCAAAAUGAUUUCCUGUCGUUCGUGAAGCUCAUCCAGCAGGCCUGCCCGGGCGAUGGGGACGAGGACUUAAGCAGCGAUUUGAAGGCGGCUUUCGAGGUGUUUGAUAACGAUAGAGACGGGUUCAUAACGAAGGAAGAAUUGAAAACCGCUAUGGAAAUGAUCGGGGAAGCGGUCACAGACGAGCAAUUGGAUCAGGUUAUCAGGAUGGCCGAUAUCGAUAAGGACGGUAGGAUAAAUUACGAAGAAUUUGUCAAGAUGUUAACAUCUUAA